GUAACCUGCAGGACUGUCGGAUGGGAAGCGGGGACGCCAGACUAAACGGCAGCAGUUUGCCCUGCAAGUCACGGACCCUGCGUGGCCGUCCGCGUACGCACGCCCGGCUCCGUUUCUUUCUCCUGGUGCUGUCCGUCCCGUCGGCCUGUUCCCAUGACCGCUGGUUGUGAAGAUGAGAAAAGAAGUGAAGCGAAUCCGAGUUUUGGUUAUCCGAAAACUUGUCAGGAGUGUUGGCAGACUGAAGUCCAAAAAGGGCACUGAAGAUGCACUAUUGAAAAACCAAAGACGAGCCCAAAGGUUGCUUGAAGAAAUCCACGCCAUGAAGGAAUUGAAACCUGAUAUCAUAACUAAAUCUGCUCUUGGUGAUGAUAUCAACUUUGAACAAACUUGCAAAAAGCCAGAUUCCACUGCAACUGAAAGAGCAAUUGCCAGAUUAGCAGUUCACCCUCUUCUGAAGAAAAAGAUAGAUGUGCUAAAAGCUGCUGUGCAGGCCUUCAAAGAUGCCAGGCAGAAUGCUCCUGAGGCUGAGUCAUCAAAGAAUGCUUCAGAAGAGAGCCAGUGUAAGGACAUUCUCUGUUCAAAAGAUGAUGCAAGCCAGUUACAGCAUCCUGAGAGAACUGUUGUCAGCGAGCAGAGAGGAAAAGAUGCCAAAGCAGUAGCCAAGAAAGCAGUACGUGAUGCAAAAGAAAAAGUGGCCACGAUAGAACAUGGACCCAAAGCCGUGGCCACUCCAUGUCCUCCAGGGAUGCCUUCAGGAAAGGAUGCUGUGGCUGCCUCUGCACACCAGAAGGCCCCUGCUGACUCAAAGCGGAAUGCCUCAACUGGAACCACAAAGAACGAGAGUGAGAGCACCCUGGCUGAGAACAGUGGCAGUGAGGAAGAGGAGAGUGAGGAGGAAAAGGAGUACUUCGAUGAUAGCACUGAAGAAAGGUUCUACAAACAGUCUUCUGUGUCUGAGGAUAGCGACAGUGGUGAUGAUUUCUUCCUCGGAAAAGUCCGACGUACACGAAAGAAGGAAGGGGGUGUUCGGUCCUCGGCUAAGGAACAUAAGCCCCUCCCAAAGGUGUCACCCAAAACAUACACACUUGAUACCGAUUGGGAUGUAAGAAACGAUAAGCACAAGGUGAUUCCAGAAACGAGGAAGUUCGAAUCCGUGUUUUUCCACUCUUUGUCUGGACCUAAAAGCUCCAGGAGGGAUUCCAGAGAGCAGGCCCCAAAGAAUAAAGCUCCAGAUUUUCCAGAAAAUGAACCUCCAAUCAAGAGUCAGUUUACAAAGGGUGCACGAAGAGGGUUUGAGAGUGUGAAGCAGAAGGCUCAUGCUCCUCUGCACCCUUCCUGGGAAGCGAGCAGGAGACGGAAAGAGCAGCAGUCCAAAAUCACUGUGUUUCAGGGGAAGAAAAUCACAUUUGAUGACUGAUGUUCAUUGUCUUCCUGAGUUUUCUAUCAAAAUUUUUGUUGUUUUUAUUUUUAACUAGCCUAUUUAAAUAAUUCUCUUUGAAAGAGUUGUAAAAUAUAUUGUUUUUCUUUUCCUUUUUUUGUGUAAGUUUGGGGAAUGUUUACAUAAUCUUUUAGAGAUCUCUGAAUUUGUUUUAUAAGAGUGUUUGACUCAUUAUUAUUUCUUGUAUAAAAUAAUUUAGAGGUGACAGAUGUUUAGAUUAUGAAAUAUAUUUCACUAAUUAAACUCUGCCUAUUGCCUUGAAAAUAAGGCAAAACAGGGCUAAUGAAAUGGUUCGCAUCCUGUGCAAAGCCUCAUGGCCUAAGUUUGACCCCCUGAGGUUCUUGUAAUGGAAGGACAGAACUAAUUCACAAAAGUUGUUCUCUGCACAUGCACAGUAUGGCACAUGCAUGUGUAUACACCCACUCACACACAAUAAUGCAUAAAAUUUAUAAGAUAUUUAAGAUGGUGGUGAAAAAUGAAUCAUGACUACUUAAAAAUAGAUCAUCUUUGUUAUGUUAUUUUUUAAGCAAAACAAAAAGUAUUUUCAUUGUGCAUAUAGCUAUAAUAUAAAUUAAAUAUUAAUUUUUCAUAGUUACA